UGAAUACCCACUCAAGCCUCUCUCUUCAGUCCUCUCCACAAAACAUGAAAUCAAUAUCAAGUUUCUUCCUUUUGGCUAUUUUGCUUCUCCUUACAUCUCCAUUAUGUCUUACGAUUAGACCUGAAUCAUCCGGAGUCUUCUUCUCAGAUGAGUUCAGGCAGAACAACAGAGGCAGCAAAUAUAGCAACCAAAAUGACAAAGGUGGUGGGAAUCCUGGUGAGUUUAACAUCCCCGGAUUUACUAUCCCGGGGUGGGGGAAUGAAGGCCAGGGUGGCGGGUAUGGAUAUGGAGUCGGCGGUCCAAAUGGAGGGCAUGGAUCAGGCGGUGUUAUUCAACCUUCGGUGGUGUGUAAAGACAGUGGUCCCUGUCUCCAUAAGAAGGUGACUUGCCCUGCCAAAUGCUUCAGCUCUUACAACCGGGCAGGGAAGGGAUGGGGCAUGGGCGGAGGCGGCGGUGGCUGCACCGUUGAUUGCAAGAAAAAGUGCAGAGCUUACUGCUAGAGGGUACUGAUUUCUACUACUAAUAUAUAGCUUAUAUAUGGUUCCUAUGAUGGUAUGUAUGCUAUUAUGGUAUGAUAGUUCCUAUGAUGGAAACAAUAUUAUAAAUAAAAUUGACGGGAUGUG